UGUGGCCGGUGGCGGGGCGGACGAGGGCGCCGAGCCGCGGGGAGCGGCAGGGCGCGGAGGGGAGCGCACACCCCACUCGGACAGACUUCGCGGCGCGGCCGCUACGAGCGCCGCUGAGCGCACUCCACUGGGAUCGCACAACUUCGGAGCAGGGCGCGGACGACGCUCGCAGCGGGAGAGCGCGGAAAGGGCGCACCAGAGCCGGGAGCCCCGGCGGCAUCCGACUCCGGGAGCGCUCCGAGCCGCCGGGCGGCCUCCCGGCGCUGCGUGGUUGCCGCUGCGUCCACGGAGGGCACGGGCUGGCGCUGCCGGGCACCGGCGAGGACGGCGAGGCGGCGGCGAAGGCGAAGGCGGCGAGGCUGGGGACCGGGAAAGAACCCCGAGGGAGAGGCGCCCGGGCCGGGCGACAGGAGCAUGAGGGCCCGGAGCGGGGCGCGGAGCGCGCUGCUGCUGGCGCUGCUGCUCUGCUGGGAUCCGACACCAAGCCUAGCAGGCGUUGACUCUGCUGGCCAGGUGCUCCCGGAUUCCUACCCAUCAGCACCCGCGGAGCAGCUGCCUUACUUCCUGCUGGAGCCACAGGAUGCCUACAUUGUAAAGAACAAGCCAGUGGAACUACGCUGCCGAGCCUUCCCCGCCACGCAGAUCUACUUCAAGUGUAAUGGCGAGUGGGUCAGCCAGAACGACCACAUCACACAGGAGAGCCUGGAUGAGGCCACAGGCUUGCGGGUGCGAGAAGUGCAGAUCGAGGUGUCGCGGCAGCAAGUGGAGGAACUCUUCGGUCUGGAGGACUACUGGUGCCAGUGCGUGGCCUGGAGCUCUUCGGGAACCACCAAGAGUCGCCGAGCUUACAUCCGCAUUGCCUAUUUGCGCAAGAACUUUGACCAGGAGCCUCUGGCCAAGGAAGUACCUUUGGAUCAUGAGGUCCUUCUGCAGUGCCGCCCACCGGAGGGAGUGCCUAUGGCUGAGGUGGAAUGGCUCAAAAAUGAAGAUGUUAUCGACCCCGCCCAGGACACUAACUUCCUGCUCACCAUUGACCACAACCUCAUCAUCCGCCAGGCUCGACUCUCAGACACAGCCAACUACACCUGUGUGGCCAAGAAUAUUGUGGCCAAGCGCCGGAGCACCACGGCCACUGUCAUCGUCUAUGUGAAUGGAGGCUGGUCCAGCUGGGCAGAGUGGUCACCCUGCUCUAAUCGCUGCGGCCGAGGCUGGCAGAAGCGUACUCGGACCUGUACCAACCCAGCCCCACUCAAUGGAGGUGCCUUCUGUGAGGGGCAGGCCUUCCAGAAGACAGCUUGCACCACCGUGUGCCCAGUGGAUGGAGCGUGGACCGAGUGGAGCAAGUGGUCAGCCUGCAGCACAGAGUGUGCGCACUGGCGUAGCCGUGAGUGCAUGGCACCGCCACCCCAGAACGGAGGCCGCGACUGCAGUGGGACGCUACUUGACUCCAAGAACUGCACUGAUGGGCUGUGCGUGCUGAAUCAGAGAACUCUAAACGACCCUAAAAGCCACCCCCUGGAACCCUCAGGAGACGUGGCACUGUAUGCAGGCCUCGUGGUGGCCAUCUUUGUGGUGGUAGCGGUUCUCAUGGCCGUGGGAGUGAUCGUGUACCGGAGAAACUGCCGGGACUUCGACACAGACAUCACUGACUCCUCGGCGGCCCUCACUGGUGGUUUCCACCCGGUCAACUUCAAGACUGCAAGGCCCAGCAACCCGCAGCUCCUGCACCCGACUGCCCCUCCAGACCUGACGGCCAGUGCUGGCAUCUACCGCGGGCCUGUGUAUGCCCUGCAGGACUCUGCCGACAAGAUCCCCAUGACUAAUUCGCCCCUGCUGGAUCCCCUGCCCAGCCUCAAGAUCAAGGUCUAUAACUCCAGCACCCUCGGCUCUGGGUCUGGCCUCGCUGAUGGAGCCGACCUGCUGGGUGUCUUACCUCCCGGCACAUACCCUGGCGAUUUCUCCCGGGACACCCACUUCCUGCACCUGCGCAGUGCCAGCCUUGGUUCCCAGCACCUCCCGGGCCUACCUCGAGACCCCAGCAGCAGCGUCAGCGGCACCUUUGGUUGCCUGGGAGGGAGGCUGAGCAUUCCCGGCACAGGGGUCAGCCUGUUGGUACCAAAUGGAGCCAUUCCCCAGGGCAAGUUCUAUGACUUGUAUCUACAUAUCAACAAGGCCGACAGCACCCUCCCACUUUCGGAAGGUUCCCAGACAGUAUUGAGCCCCUCGGUGACCUGCGGGCCUACAGGCCUCCUCCUGUGCCGCCCUGUCGUCCUCACCGUGCCCCACUGUGCUGAAGUCAUCGCGGGAGACUGGAUCUUCCAGCUCAAGACCCAGGCCCAUCAGGGCCACUGGGAGGAGGUGGUGACCCUGGAUGAGGAGACCCUGAACACCCCCUGCUACUGCCAGCUGGAGGCUAAGUCCUGCCACAUCCUGCUGGACCAGCUGGGUACCUACGUGUUCACGGGCGAGUCCUACUCCCGCUCUGCCAUCAAGCGGCUCCAGCUGGCCAUCUUUGCUCCAGCCCUCUGCACCUCCCUGGAGUAUAGCCUCAGGGUCUACUGUCUGGAGGACACACCUGUAGCACUGAAGGAGGUCCUGGAGCUGGAAAGGACUCUAGGCGGCUACCUGGUGGAGGAGCCCAAGCCUUUGCUCUUUAAGGACAGUUACCACAACCUACGCCUCUCCCUCCAUGAUAUCCCCCAUGCCCACUGGAGGAGCAAACUACUGGCCAAGUACCAGGAGAUUCCCUUCUACCAUGUCUGGAAUGGCAGCCAGAAAGCCCUGCACUGCACUUUCACCCUGGAGAGGCAUAGCCUGGCCUCUACUGAGUUCACCUGUAAGGUCUGCGUGCGGCAGGUGGAAGGCGAAGGCCAGAUUUUCCAGCUGCACACAACUCUGGCUGAGACGCCUGCUGGCUCCCUGGAUGCUCUCUGCUCCGCCCCUGGCAGUGCCGUCACCACCCAGUUGGGACCCUAUGCCUUCAAGAUACCACUGUCCAUCCGCCAGAAGAUCUGCAACAGCCUCGACGCCCCCAACUCACGGGGCAACGACUGGCGGCUAUUGGCACAGAAGCUCUCCAUGGACCGGUACCUGAACUACUUCGCCACCAAAGCUAGUCCCACGGGCGUAAUCUUAGACCUCUGGGAAGCUCGGCAGCAGGAUGACGGGGACCUCAACAGCCUGGCCAGUGCCUUGGAGGAGAUGGGCAAGAGUGAGAUGCUGGUAGCCAUGGCCACUGAUGGUGAUUGCUGAGUGCCUGUGACCACAGGCCUGUGGGGACCAGUAGGAAACGGUGCAAGGAGCUCUGGCAGCCUCUCCACGGGGAUGUCCAGCCUCCACCAUCCCUGGCUCACAGCUGGAAUGGUCCCUCACCCCCCUCCCCGCUACAACCCUCAGACCACCACCAGCCUUAGAAAGUCUCUGUGCUCUACUGCUGGGAGGCCAGGACCCUCUGCCCCACCAUUUUCCCAGCUUGCUCUGGGGUGGGCUGAGGUCUCUGGGGCAGCUGAAGCCCAGAGGUUUUCCCAACACACCACCCUCCACCACCCUCAGCCCUGUGACUUUGGGGGCCCACAGUUUUCAAUUCUGUGUUUAUAUGGUCCUCGGCUAGGAACUGCUCUCCUGUCCCUGGCACUCUUUGAAAGGUCGAGUUCAGUUCAGGCAAACUGCUUUCUCCUGUCCACAAGCAGAAUAGAGAGCAGAGAGGAGAGAGAGAGAGAGAGAGAGAGAGAGAGAGAGAGAGAGAGAGAGAGAGAGAGAGAGAGAGAGAGAGAGAGAGAGAGCACACGCCUCGGAGGUCAGUGAGACUCAGGCAGUGAGAGCACAAAAACAGUAAGGGCAAAGAAAGACCCAGUUUCUUAGGGAACGCAAAUGAUUUAUUAUCCAGAUACUUGGAUAGGUCCUUUUAAAGAAAAAACAAACAAACAAGCAAAAAAAAAAAGUAAGAAAAGAAAAAAAAAAAGAAAACUUUUAUCCUUGACUGUGGCUAAGAGUGGCUAUGCUUGUGAUUGGGGCUGUAGGCGAGUGCACUUGUGGCACAUGUGUGCAUGAGUGUGUGCGUACAUGGGUGUGGUCAGUAAGACACUGCAUGGGGGAAUGCUUUGCUAUGGCAAGGCCUCAGUUUCCCUAGCUGCGCAGGGAGCCAAGACAGGGUUUUCACUAUGGCACUGAGUUCUAAACUCACAAGCAGAAGCUGGGGCCUGGCGGUCCAACCACUCUCGAGCCCCCAGCAGAUGCCCUUCUGUGGCCUCCUCUGGUUUCUGAUGGAGGCCCAGGCCAGCUGUCAUCCAGGGAGGCUGUUCAGGUCUGUUUUACUCUGGUGGUUCCUGGUCUCAUGAUGGCCAAGGGUGAGGCUCUUACUGAGAGGGAGUGGCUACUCCAGGGACGGUUCUCUCCCGGGUUGGGUGGCUUUGGGUCUAGGCUAGCACUAGCCAGUCCGCGCACCCCUGUCCACUAGCCCUCAGUUUACCCACUGAUCUUCCUUCUGGAGUCAGGAGAUAUGAAGGUAACUUUUCUAAGUAGACAGUUGUACCCAUUCUUGGCCACCACCCAUUCUGGGAUGUUCUACAGGGCCACCAGGGGAAGGGAUGAAUGCUUGUCCCUUCAGCCCAUGGGCAGUGAGGGAGACCAGGACCUCACUGUAGACGUAGAGUUCCUAUUGAAGGGCACUCACGUCCCUGGACUGCCAUUGAGACCUGCAGGUCCUGAGCUUUGAAAGUUGGGGCAUCCAUGGGGAGGCAGGUUCAUGGCCUUAGACCCAGCAAGCGUGUAUGCCCUGGAUUUUCUGCAGUGGCUCCUGAAGUGGAACUCUGAGACUGAGACCAAGGUGCCCCUGGCAUCUAGGUGAUUAGUACCUCAUAGAGUAGUCCUCAGCUCCUCCUGCCAAAGAUGCCCGUCCCUGUGGGCAUACUCUUCUGGUCACUGUUAGCCCGUACAUAGAAGGUGGAAGCCCGGGAGCCAAGUUGCAGCUGUGCUGUGUGACUUCAGGCACAUAACUGCUUUCUCUGGGCUUAAGUGUCCUUUUAUCCCGGGAUGCUCCAUGAGGCCCCCCGGGUUCCCACACUUGUCUGGGAAUCGAGUAGAGACAAGUUGAUUGUGGCCUGCAUGCUCUCUCCUUUGCCCGUCCUCGGAAACCUGCCUGGCUGGGCCCUAAUGGGCUCACUUAGUGAGCGAGUCCCAGUUUACAGUCCAACUCUCAGAAGGUGCUCAGCAUCUGGGGCACGGAGGCUGGAGCUGGAGCCUGGGGUGAGGCUUGAACCGGACAGUUUGGUAACAACAGCCCAGCCAACUCUGGGCUGAGCCAGGCGGGGCUGUUGGGUUGGGUUUCCUGCCUCCAAUGAGAUAGACCUCCCCUUCCCAUUCCUGACCAGCUUGGUGUUGCCGGGUCCUGCAGGGUAUUUCUGUGUCAUCUUUGUGUGUGUGUGUGUGUGUGUGUGUGUGUGUGUGUGUGUGUGUGUGGCGCCUAUGUGCGUGCAUGCCUGUGCUUUUCAACUUCGGCACAUCAGGGCACCCCUCCCAGAAUGCACACACCUGUCCUCACAUGUGGACAUGACCUCUGUGCCCAGUGGAGGUGGACAUGCCUGUUUGCUGUCCCCGAGUCACAGUCAGCCGGUGUAUCUCCUAUGUGCCUCUCCUGCCCUUUCUCAAUGGGGCCCAGGCUUCUGAGCUCUGACCAGACACCUCCUGAGGGACAGGGACCCUCCUCGUCCCUGGAUCUUCCAGGGUUCUCUGGUCCCCAUCUUGAGGAUCCCAGGCAUCUGAGUCACCACCUUCCUCCCACCCUCAGAGGUCAGGUGGGCGGGAGCUUGGAUGCCGGGGAGUGAACCUGGCUGUGUGUCUGUGGGUUCUGAUAUGCUGGGGAUGGUCCCAGCCCCGCCCGCUCAUUCUGUAAACAACUUGUAAAUAACCUUUAGCAUUCCUCUUGUAACGAGAUUAAUUUUUAUGAAAUAAAUUAUAUUUCCU